UUGUUCCUUGUGGGGAGGGAGGGGACAGAGGCGCCCGCAGCAGCCGCAGCCGCCAGUGCCCGGCUGUGCCACGGGGCCCCCGCAGCCAUGGACCGGUCCCCUGGUGCCGCUGCGGUAAUGGGCAGCGGCGCGAGCCCCGCGGGGUGCGCGGUGCCCGCUCCAGCCUGGCCGGGAUUCGCUGCGUGAGCGGCCGCAGGCAGUCUGGCAGUCUGCACAUCACCCAGCACAUGAGAAGGAAUGACGACUCCAUGAGGGAACUUCUUUUCAAUCACCCAUUCACCCAGUCGUGUUUCAUGAUGCUCCCAGCCAAUAACGUGCCAUUCACCUAGACUGGGAUUUACCCUGUGAAAGGGAGAGAUAGAACAUGAGUCCUAAACAUAACUUCAAGCUCUUUCUUGUGCAUCAUUUUUGGUGUAUUUGUAUGUAGAACCCUGAGCAUUGGGCACGUGCACUGUUAAACCUGCUUUGCUAGAUCCAAGAGCUGCAGCUGUGUGUUGGACUUUGAUAUUUUCUCAUCAUCAUGGCUUCAGUUUGGAAGAGACUGCAGCGUGUUGGGAAACAUGCAUCCAAGUUCCAGUUUGUGGCCUCUUACCAGGAGCUGAUGGUCGAGUGCACCAAGAAAUGGCAGCCAGAUAAACUAGUGGUGGUUUGGACAAGAAGAAGCCGAAGGAAAUCUUCUAAGGCCCAUAGUUGGCAACCUGGAAUCAAAAAUCCAUACCGUGGUGUGGUGGUAUGGCCUGUUCCUGAAAACAUUGAAAUCACUGUGACACUUUUUAAGGAUCCCCAUGCUGAAGAAUUUGAAGACAAAGAGUGGACAUUUGUCAUAGAGAAUGAAUCCCCUUCUGGACGCAGAAAAGCACUUGCCACCAGCAGCAUCAACAUGAAGCAAUAUGCAAGCCCCAUGCCUACACAGACAGAUGUCAAGUUAAAAUUCAAGCCUUUGUCUAAGAAAGUUGUAUCUGCCACCCUUCAGUUCUCAUUAUCCUGUAUUUUCCUGAGGGAAGGAAAAGCUACAGAUGAAGACAUGCAAAGCCUGGCUAGUUUGAUGAGUAUGAAGCAAGCCGACAUUGGAAAUUUAGAUGAUUUUGAGGAAGACAAUGAAGAAGAUGAAGAGAACAGAGUGAAUCAGGAGGAAAAGGCUGCAAAAAUUACAGAGCUUAUCAACAAGCUUAAUUUUUUGGAUGAAGAGGAGCAAGACUUAGCCAAUUCCAGUUCGAAUCCAUUUGAAGAUCCUGAUGCAGCAGAAUUAAACCCAUUUGAAGAUCCUGAUGCAGAAGACCACAAUACUGAAACAGCUUCAUCUUCAAAACCAGAAGACUCUUACUAUAGCGAUAAUUAUAAUCCCUUUAAAGAGGAAGGUGCUCCAGAGUACUUGAACCCAUUUGAUGAGCCAGAUCCUGAACCUGAAAUGUUUGUAACUGUCAAAGAUUUUCCUCCACAACCUGCAAAAAGGAAAAAUGUAAGACCGGUGGACAUGAGUAAAUACCUCUAUGCAGAUACUUCUAAAACUGAAGAGGAAGAGUUAGAUGAAUCAAAUCCAUUUUAUGAACCAAAAUCAAGCCCUGCUUUAAAUAAUCAAGUUACUCCACUGCAAGAAGCAGAAAAGAUGAAAAGAAAGGCUCCUGCACCACCAGUCUUCUCACCAAAGACAGAGACAGGAAUGAGUGAGAAUAUGUCAGCUGUUCCUGCAGUGAAGGAGCUUUCUUCUUCUCCUAAGCCAAGCCCAGUACCAAGUCCUGUUUUGGGGAGAAAGCCAAAUGCUAGUCAGUCACUGCUUGUAUGGUGCAAAGAAGUUACAAAAAACUAUAGGGGAGUGAAAAUCACCAAUUUUACUACAUCAUGGAGAAAUGGUUUAUCUUUCUGUGCAAUAUUACACCACUUUAGGCCAGAUUUAAUUGACUACAAGUCCCUGAAUCCUCAAGAUAUUAAAGAGAACAACAAAAAGGCAUAUGAUGGGUUUGCCAGUAUAGGAAUAUCCCGAUUGCUGGAACCUUCUGACAUGGUUUUGUUAGCAAUUCCUGACAAACUGACCGUUAUGACUUAUCUCUAUCAAAUAAGGGCACAUUUCAGUGGCCAAGAACUCAAUGUGGUUCAGAUAGAGGAGAACAGUAGUAAAAGCACGUAUAAAGUAGGUAACUAUGAAACGGACACAAACAGUUCUGUUGAUCAGGAAAAGUUCUAUGCAGAGCUUAAUGAUCUGAACCGAGAGCCUGAACUGCACCAGCCUGAAAGUGGUUUGGCAGACGUCGUUUCACAGGAUGACUCUGUAUUUGUAAAUGACAGUGGUGUUGGAGAAUCAGAAAGUGAGCAUCCGACACCUGAUGACCAUUUAAGCCCAAGCACAGCUUCCCCUUCUUCUCGCAGGACUCGAAGUGACACUGAUCCACAGAAAUCCCAGCAGAGCUCUGGAGGGACUUCUGGAUCUGAAGAGGCCAGGAAAUGCGGCAGUGCAGAUACAGCACAGGCACAGCCUUUGCUGGGAAGGAAGAAACUGCUGAAAGUCGACACUUUGGACUUGAGUGACUUGCCAUAUGUCAGUGAUCAAAAAAAGGAUGAAUCUCCAACCGUUGUUUGUGAAGACGCUGACAAGAAAAGACACCAGAGUUCAGACAGUACCAUUAGUUUCUCAGAGCAAGAAAAGCUGCGACAUACAGGAUCCACAGAGAGCAGGAGAUCAGAUCCUUGCUCACCUGUCAAAAAAACAAGUUUAUCUCCCACUUCUAAAGUUGGAUACUCUUAUAACAAGGAUGCAGAUCUUACAAAGAAAAAACCUACUUCUCUGAAGCCAAUAGAGACAGAUUCUGACACUGACACCAGAACGGUUAUAAAUCACACAGAUCAAACUGCAAAAACUGCACAGCAACGAAUAUUGUCAAGACAAGAAGAACUUAAAGAACGAGCAAGAGUUCUUCUUGAGCAAGCAAGAAGAGAUGCAGCUUUAAAGGCAGGGAAUAAACAGAUAACCAGUACUAUCACCCCAGCCCACACUAAGCAGCUGAGCGAUCAGCAAGAUGAAGAGCGACGUCGGCAGCUGAGAGAGAGAGCUCGUCAACUAAUAGCAGAAGCUCGAUCUGGAGUGAAGAUGUCAGAACUUCCUGCCUACACUGAAAUGGCUGCAGAAAAGUUGAAAGAAAGGUCAAAGGCAUCUGGAGAUGAGGAUGAUAAUACUGAGAUAAAUACUAAUGAGGAGAUUCCUGAAUGCUCUGUUACAGAAGGUGGAGAUGAACUUACUAACCUAGAAAAUGACCUUGAUUCUACUGCAGAACAAAACAGUAAGUUGGUGGAUUUGAAGCUGAAGAAGCUCCUAGAAGCUCAGCCACAGGUGGCAAAUUCACUCUCCAGUGCUGCUCAGAAAGCUGUAACUGAUAGCUCAGAGCAAGACAUUAAGAAUGGAACAGAAGAACAUCGUGCUGAGCGAUUACAAAAAGCAACAGAACGUUUUAGAAAUCCUGUUGUGUUCAGCAAGGACUCUACAGUCAGAAAAACUCAGCUCCAGUCUUUCAGUCAAUAUGUUGAGAACCGACCAGAGAUGAAAAGGCAAAGAUCAAUACAGGAAGAUACAAAGAGAGGAAAUGAGGAGAAGGCAGCGAUAACUGAAACUCAGAGGAAGCCAUCAGAAGAUGAAGUGCUUAAUAAAGGGUUCAAAGACACCAGUCAGUAUGUUGUAGGAGAAUUGGCAGCACUAGAGAAUGAGCAAAAGCAAAUUGACACCCGUGCCGCGCUGGUGGAGAAGCGCCUUCGCUAUCUCAUGGACACAGGAAGGAACACAGAAGAAGAAGAAGCUAUGAUGCAGGAAUGGUUCAUGUUGGUUAAUAAGAAAAAUGCCUUAAUAAGAAGAAUGAAUCAGCUUUCUCUUCUGGAAAAAGAGCAUGACCUAGAAAGGCGGUACGAACUGCUGAACCGAGAGUUAAGAGCAAUGCUUGCUAUCGAAGAUUGGCAAAAGAAUGAAGCCCAGAAAAGGCGAGAGCAGCUUUUGCUGGAUGAACUUGUAAUUCUCGUUAAUAAACGUGAUGCCCUGGUCAGAGAUUUGGACGCCCAAGAAAAACAGGCCGAAGAAGAAGAUGAACAUUUGGAAAGAACUCUUGAACAAAACAAAGGCAAGAUGGCCAAGAAAGAAGAGAAAUGUGUCCUUCAGUGACUGGCCUUCCUGGAGCAGAUGCAGUUGCAUUUUGUAGUCCAGACCUUUCUUACAUUUUUAAAAUACUGACCCCAAGACUGAAAAAAACGAUAUUACCAUUCAAUAUUUCAAACAAAAUUAAAACGUUUGCCCUUUUGUUAGGCCAGCUCUAUACUGCAUUGUUUUCUGGAUUUGUUAUUUUUUUCCACUCAAGCAAUAUUAUUCCAAACUAGCUUUGUAUUAUGAUUUAUUUGUGAGCUUAGUCAUCAUGUUGAAAUUCUGUUAAAUACAUUUGCACAGAAACAUUGUUGUGGCGGUGAUAUCAGAAAUGUUUAAGAGAAAAAAAUCUGUCUGUCUGGAUUUCUUUAGCUGGAGGAGGAAUGAAUUCUGAAAUAAAUAUGUUUUUGUUGUAAUAGAAUUAUAGAGAGGGAAAUAGAAAACAAAAAUCAUUCUGAAUGGUUUCAUCUAGUCCUGCCAUAUGUAAUACUUAAUAAGCUAUCUAAAUUUUAUAGUUAGAUCAGAUUCAAUCCAGUUAUUAAAAUGUGCUAUAUUUACCAGUGUUUAUUUCAGCAGCGUUUUACAUUUUAUUGUAUGUAUAAUAUAAAUUAAGACUGUCUGAUUCGCUCAGAGACUAGUUCUUUAACAUAUGGUUUGAAAAAGAGCCUUGUGAUCUGAAGAUGUGAUGUGAGAUGGGGCUAAUUGAAGUGCAUCAGUUUACAGAAACAUUUUGUCAUUAAAGGCUAUGCCAUUUUUUGUAAUUAUUUAUUACAUCUAGUUUUGUUCCCUUCUCCAUUUUGUUGGACCUCUGCAUUGGCUCCAGAACGCUGUUCAUAUUUAUUCUGUACUUAUUAAAGUCUGUUCUGCCAUUGUGUGCAACCCCCUCCCAGUUCAUGUUCCCUCCGCUUACAUCGCGCUCAUUUUUGUGACAAUUCUUUAUUUAUUACAAGACUGAGUCAUAUAUAAAUUUUCAAUAAAAGCCGAAUCUUUCUUACCGUUAA